AUUUUCCAGUGUCCUGCUGAAGGUCUAAUAAACAUGCUGCAGUUUUCUUAGCGGUGGACCCGUAACGUUCCAUCUAUAAUCAUAACAUUCCACCCUGCUGUUAUCUCUCCCUGCGAGCUGUACACCGAUACCAAGUACCACCUUUUUCACAAGGGAGUGAUACCUAAAUAUCCCGUACUCCUCCCAUUCUCCGCCUUCCUCUGUACACUUUCCUGUUUUUUAACAUAGGCGGGGCAUCAGCAGGAAGGUACAGGUGUGCAGGUGAAAUGAAAUUUCUCUAAAGGACCUGACCCUACAUCUGCACUUGUUUCAAAGCCCCCUCCCCCACCUAAACCUGUAGCCCCUGCACCUCUGUUUGCUAAGCUCAGUAAUGGCUGUGCGCUUCCAGGUGUCCGAAAUGGAGGAGAUGACGAUAUGGGAGCAGUACACUGUCACAAUACACAAAGAUCCUCGACGAGGCUUUGGUUUUGCGGUUUCUGGAGGUAGAGACCACCCAUCAAAAUCUGAUGGCGAUAACUCGGUCAUUGUGUCAGAUGUUGUUCGCGGUGGCCCUGCUGAUGGUAGACUGCAGACUCGUGAUCGCAUUGUUAUGGUUAAUGGUGCCUCCAUGGAGAAUGUGGCCUCGUCAUUUGCUAUCCACACGCUGAAAGCCUGCAGCAAGGUCGCUAAUGUGACAGUGAAACGACCACGAAAAAUUCAGAUUCCUGCAAGUAAUUCUGUGCCGACAGCAUCAGCAGGCCCCACAUACUCCACACGAACGCCCCGAUCCUCUGAUGGUCCGUAUUGGGAAGGCUCCCGGACAGGAGAAACUGAGGAGCCAGAUUCUCCAUUACCUUGGAGAGGGAGAUAUGAAAGCUCAAAUCGGGAGCCUCCUGAGGACACUGCAAGGGGCUAUGAAGGAGAUUCCUCAAGUGGCCGAAGCUCUGGAGGCUCUUUUAGGCCAUCCUCUCACCAUUCUAGGCAUCGCAGGACAAGGGGUACUGGUAGUGAAGCAGGCAGUUACCCAAGAAAAAGAGGUUCUGGAAGAGAUGUUGCAGGGUCUGGUAGUGAAGCAGCAUCUUAUCGCCAGAGAAGAGACCGGGAAAGUGAGAUGGGAGGUUCUGGUAGCGAGGCAGCAAGUUAUUCCAGAAUGAGAGCGAACGAAAGUGAAGUUGGCAACUCUGGCAGCGAAGCUGGAAAUGUAAAUCAUAAUGGACUGCAGCUUGUGUCAGGGUUUAAAAGGCUACCUCCUCAGAAUGCACCAGCCAAGCCUGUGAAGACUGUGUUAGUAAAACGCAUGGAUAAACAAGAAUAUGGUCUCAAGUUGGGUAGCCAGAUCUUCAUUAAGCAUAUCACAGAAACUGGACUGGCUGCACAAGAAAGAUCUCUGCAGGAAGGAGACCUCAUUCUCAAGAUCAAUGGGGUGGUCAGUGAGAACAUGUCAUUGGGAGACACUCGCCAGCUUAUCGAGAAGUCUAAAGGCAAAUUGACUCUUACUGUCUUGAGGGAUAAUCGGCAAUUCCUUGUCAACAUUCCAGAAGUGAUGGACAGUGAGAGUGAGGACAGAAGCUCCCCUCGAGAAGAUAUCUCUGAUUUGGAUUCUGAUCACUCUCCACCUCCCUCCCAGCCACCUCCACCUCCACCUGGACACCAGCGUACAAGCUCCAACGAGAGCUCUGAAAUCCCCCUAGAGAGUCCUCAGAUAAAUGGUGAAACUCUACUGAGUGAGAGCCCCGAGCCACAGAAUGGUCAUGUUGAAUCUCCACAGCUAGCUGAGGAAUACAGAGAGGAAUACAGAGAGGAACCUGUGAGACCCAGUGAGGGGGAGAGACGGGAUCGAGCAGGGUAUAGUCCAGAUGCUCGCCUCAUUCAGUUCACAAAAUCGAGCAAUGUAGGUCUGCGUCUUGCAGGAGGAAAUGACGUGGGAAUAUUUGUGGCUGGAGUACAAGAGGGGAGCCCUGCAUCACGUGAGGGGAUGAAGGAAGGGGACCAGAUUCUGCAGGUAAACGACACUAGUUUCCAUAGCAUGACACGCGAAGAUGCUGCAAGUUACCUUAUGAACCUGCCGCAGCACGAAGAGGUCAUAUUUCUCACCCAGCACAAAGAGGACAUUUACAGGAAGAUGAUAAAGUCCAAUGUUGGGGAUUCCUUCUAUAUACGUACACACUUUGAUUAUCAAGCGGAUGCUCCCUCAGGCCUAAGUUUCGCCAGAGGAGAUAUAUUCCAUGUUGUGGACACAUUGUAUCGAGGGAAAAUGGGCAGUUGGUUGGCUGGUCGUGUUGAUAAAGAUUUACAGGAGGUGAAGAAAGGAAUAAUCCCAAAUCGCACCAGGGCUGAACAAUAUGCCAGUUUAGAGCCGGUUUUAAAGUCACAAUCCUCAUCUGGACCCCGGGCUGAAUUUUGGAAGAUGAGGGGUCUACGGGGGGCUAAAAAGUUAUUGAAAAAGAGCAGAGAAGAUUUGUCAGCAAUAACCACUAAAGCUAAAUACCCUCCAUAUGAAAGAGUUGUCCUUCGAGAAGCAAGUUUUAAACGUCCUGUAGUCAUUUUGGGUCCAAUCACAGAUAUUGCGCACCAGAAGCUAUGUGGUCAGCUGCCCGAUGAGUUCGAGUCAGCAGAUAGUGUUGCUCGAGAUGAUGGAUCUUCCAAGGUCAUCAAACUGCAGGUUGUGAAAGAAAUUGCAGCAAAGAAUAAGCAUGCACUCCUGGAUAUCACUCCAACAGCUGUGGAACACCUGAAUUAUGUUCAGUUCUAUCCUAUUGUUGUGUUCUGUAACCCAGAGAACAGACAGGGGGUGAAAGCCAUGAGACAGUGGUUGCUUCCUGAAUCGAAGAAGAGCUCUAGACGUUUGUAUUCACAAGCUGUCAAAAUGAGGAAAAAUAGCUCUCAUCUCUUCACUGCAACCAUUAACCUGAGUGGGGCAAGUGACUCGUGGCUGCCCAGCUUGAAAGAGAUUAUUCGGACUGAGCAAGCAAGACCAAUUUGGACUGCAGAGGAAAAGGUUGAUAGUUUAGACACGGAACCCUUGCAUAUUCAGAAUGUAUCAAACUAUGGGUCCACGGACUAUCUCAGCUGUGACAGUCGUGCCAACAGUGACUAUGAAGAAACUGAUGCGGAGGGUGGUGCCUAUACCGACCAGGAGUUUGACGAGGAGUUACAGGAGCCGGCACUGGCUAGGUCAUCUGAACCAGUAGUUGAUCAACAACCGCUCUACUACAGAUCCAACGCUGAAUCUGAAUAUUCUUCUGGAUAUCCUCAUUCUCCUGCUGCCACUGCCUCGUACCAUGAAGAUAACUCUGUGAUUGAAUCCAACUUUCAGUACAGAAGUAAUGAAACAGCUAGGAACACAGAAAGCCCUCAGGAAGACGACCAGCCUCGUGGUCAAUGGAAUUACAAGAACAGCAGCAGCCGUGAAUACGAACACGAUGCCUUACGCCGUAAAUUCAAUCGUGCAAGAAGUUCUAGUUCGGAAGAUGAUGACUACAAUUGGGGAGGUCCAGCAACUGACCUGUGAAGUCUGUGCCUGCCAGCUGAUUAAGCUAUGCCAAAAAUUCCUACCUGUGCCUUUGAGAGGAAGAUAAAUUCACACGAGAACACUGAAUUCAUGUAUAUGAAUGCAGAUGCCUAUCAGAACAAAUGGUGACAAGAAGAUGUUUGUCCAUAAGACUUAAGGUCACAAAGUAUACAUACAUAUAAAUAUAUUUUUAACUUUAAUAAAUGAGACUUUUUUUGCCAUU